ACGCUAGUCUUAGGGCCACCAAUCAGAGAUGACAUAGCCCGACGAGCAAUCUGCAGUAAACCAAACUCGGUAACCCCGGUAUCUAGCAGUGGGGACUCCAGCCAGUUAUCUCCGGGACUGCGGAGAAGUGAACUGCCAAUAGCACCCCCGUGGAAGCUCCUAUCGUCUUAGCCUCCUUGCUGGUGCAGUCAUGCCGUUGAUAUUACCAUUGUCCUCGUGUUGGGUGGAGCCCGAGGGAGGAGACGGGAGUUGGAGUCGGAGUCAGAGUCGGAGUCGGAGAGGAGGUCGGAGGAGACGCUGCCCAGAAAUGGGGCAGGCAAUAGAAUGGGGCCCAGGUUUUCUUGAUAAGAAGUUGUUUAUGCGAUUUCUAUUCCUGUCAUCUUCGAAGUGGUUCGGACAGCUGUUUCUCUCUCACGCACCUUCAAGAUGCCACUUAUCAACCUGGCCGAGCAUAAGCUCUACCGCAUUGGGGUCGAUGUGGGGGGUACCAACACCGACGCCGCCCUCGCAUGCUGGACUAAGCCCACGGCUGUGCCAGAUGGCGGCGCCCACCCAGACGGCCACGAGGACAUCAGCAUCGUCGCCAGUCACAAGAGCCAAACGACGGCCGAUGUGACGACAGGCAUCCGGCACGCGAUUCAGGCCGUGCUGGGUGCCGCCAGCGUGCCCCGCGACGCCGUCAUCUCCGUCAACAUCGGCACCACCCACUUCAUCAACGCCGUCGUCCAGGCUGACGCCUCCAGCCUGAGCCGCGUGGCCGUCCUGCGCCUGUGUGGGCCCUUCUGCCGCGAGGUGCCGCCCUUCGCCGACUUCCCGCCGGCGCUGAGGCGUAUCGUCGAGGGGUAUACGGCGUAUGUGGACGGGGGCUUGGAGAUCGACGGGCGUCCCAUCAAGCCGGUGAGGGAGGAGGAGAUUGUAAAGCACGCGACGAAGAUGCGGGAAGCCGGCGUCUCCGUGGUGGUGGUGGUGGGCGUGUUCUCGGCCGUCGACACGGCAGAGGUCACGCAGGAGGAGCAGGUCAAGGCAAUCCUGCAGAGGGAGAUACCCGGCGUGGACGUCGUGUGCUCGCGCGACAUCGGUCGGGUGGGCUUCAUCGAGCGCGAGAACGCGUCGGUGCUGAACGCCAGCAUCCUGAGGUUCGCCCGCCGGACGAUCCGCGGCUUCGAGAGAGCCCUGGCGGAGCUGCGGCUCGACUGCCCGCUUUACCUGACGCAGAACGACGGCACUAUUAUGGACGCGGAGGCGGCUUGCCGCACUCCCAUCAAGACGUUCUCCUCUGGCGCGACAAACUCGCUGACGGGCGCUGUAUUCCUCGCCGGUAUUCACCGGAAGGACUCGGAGUUCGACCUCAAGACUUCCCAGGUCAUCAUGGUAGACGUCGGGGGCACGACGUCCGACUUUGCAGCCCUUUCCCCGUCGGGCUUCCCUCGCCAGUCAUCGACCACGGCAAGCAUCGCCGGGGUGCGCACCGCGUUCAGCAUGCCCGAGCUUGUCAGCAUUGGGCUCGGCGGCGGCUCCCUGGUGACCGUGGACGAGGCCGGCGACGUCUCCGUCGGACCGACUUCCGUGGGCCACCGCCUCCAGACGGAGGCGCUCUGCUUUGGUGGGGCGACAGCCACGGCUACCGAUGUCGUGCUGGCCCGAGGCUUCAGAGACCAGAGUCUGCCCGACUGGCAGGGAGACAUGUCGUCUGAUGUUGUGAGCAAGGCGUCGCGGCAGAUCACUCUCAAGUUACAGCGCUGCGUUGAUACGAUGAAAACGUCGGACUUGGACGUCGUGCUGCUUCUCGUCGGCGGAGGCUCCAUCAUCCAGAUCGAUGAACUGUCGAACGUACAGAAGAGCAUACAACCUCCGUUUUACAAGGUCGCCAACGCUGUCGGUGCGGCCAUUGCCAAGGUUGCGGGUGAAGUCGAUCGAAUUGUCAUCCCAGAUGGGCGGAAGCACGAACAGCUCGUCGAGGAAUUGAGUCGCGAGGCAGAACAAUUGGCAUAUAGUAACGGGGCACGAACCGGCUCGGUAGAGAUCAUGGAGCUUGACUUCAUCCCCCUCCAAUACGUGACCAACAAUGCCUUUAGGGCAGUCGUCAAGGCGGUGGGAGAACUGGACUGGCAACUGCCUUCAAAGAAGGCUCCCCGCAGCGAGGAGAAAGCAGGGACAGUCUCCGUCACGGAGCUCUCCCUGACCGACGGCCCCGAAUCCCCUAGCAAACAGCCCGCCCCCCUCCCGCCAACCGACGCCCCCGCGCCCGACCUCGAGAACUACGAACCAGACGUGUCCAAGGCGACGCGCGAGUGGUACAUCUCCGAAGUCGACCUCGACUUCAUCGGCGAGGGCUGCGGCAUCCUCGGCACAGGAGGCGGCGGCUCGGUAUACUCUGCGCUCCUGCACUCGCGCGAGACCCUCCGCUCGCCCACCAUCGGCGGCAGGCGGAUGCGCGUCGUCGAAGCCGCCUCCCUCCCUCCCGCCGCCGCGUCCAGCACCAGCGGCGGCGGCACGGCGGUCAUCGCCUUCGUGGGCGCGCCCUCCGUCUCCAACGAGCGCCUCAUCGGCGGCGGCGAGAUCGAGGCGGCGGCGCGCGCCCUGUCCAGGUACCUCGGCACCACCGGAGGAGGAGGCUACGACGCCGUCAUGGCCGCGGAGGUGGGCGGGUCCAACGGCAUGCGCGCCUUCGCGGCCGCGGCGUCGCUCGACGUGCCCGUCGUCGACGCUGACAUGAUCGGUCGCGCGUUCCCGAAGAUCGACAUGUCGCUGCCGUACGUGUACGGGCAGGCGGGUCCCGCGCCCGCGGUGCUGUCGGACGCGCGGGGCAACGUGCAGGUCGUCGCUGAGGUCGAGGAUAGUAGUCGGUUUGAGUCUAUCGCGCGCUCGGCGUGCAUAGAGUUGGGGCUGUAUACCGCGCUGAGCCUGGCCCCACUGGGUAGGGAGGUCCUGUUGCGGUAUUGCUGCCUUGGGAGUAUCUCCUUUGCCUGGUUCAUGGGCCGGGAGAUAUGCCUCGCGCGCCAGCGCAAGGCGGAUGUGGUGCAAGCUCUGCUUUCGGUGAUACCCGGAGGACGCCUCCUGUACAAGGGAAAGGUCGUCGAUGUGCAACGUGAAGUUAAGGGAGGCUGGACGAUAGGCACGACGGCCUUGGAGCCGUUCCAUGACGAUGACAGCGACGACGACAGAAACGGUGUGGUCGACUCGCGCAGACUUGUCUUGAGCUACCAGAACGAGUUCUUCUGCGCCACCCUGGAGCCAAACACGGUGCUCUGCACCACGCCCGACCUGAUCACGGUGCUGGACCUGAGUACCGGCGCCGCGCUUGCAACGCACGAGCUUCGAUAUGGGCUGCGUGUUGCGGUCAUCGCCAUGCCCGCACACCCCCUCUGGACGACCGACGUUGGCUUGAAGAUGGCCGGGCCGGAAGCAUUCGGGAUCUCUAGUCCGUUCCAGCCCCUCGGCACGACUUGGGAGAAACCACCAUCGGUUUUUGAUCGGUAUGCUAAAUGAGGCAGUGCGAGAUGACAUACAUACAUAUAUAUCUACAAUACAAUACGCCCUGAAUAAAUAUUGGCUUGUGUGACUUUAGGUAGGAGUAUGAACCACAUAGUCUUAGAUUUAUAUGUUAUCAAGACCAGCUCCUCACAGAACCUUCUUCCCCUUCAGGCAGGCUUCAAUUGCUAGAAACGCUUUCGGUUGCCCGCAUCUGUUACCCACCCACCAUGCUUCACCCGUCUUAAGUAAAUACGA